AUGAGACGUCCCCGAAGUAGAAGCGGCAGCAGCAGCAGCAGCAGCCGCAGCAACCGCAGCAGCCCUGAUGUCCUGCAGCAACUGCAGCAGCAGCAGCAGCAAAAAGAGUUUCUACUUAUUGAGUCUGACUUAAUAUUGCUGCAACUUUGCGAUUGUCUUUCUGCUGUUCAAAAAGGCCCGUUGCUCCCAGCAGCAGCAGCAGCAGUAACAGCAGCAGCAGCAGUAACAGCAGCAGCAGCAGCAGCAGCGCCGUUUCAUUGCGGGGGCCUCCGCCGAGUUGCUGCGCAUUUUGGGGAGGCUGGCUGCAGGUGGCAAGAGCUUUUAAGCAGCAGCAACGGCAGCAGCAGGAGAGCUGCUGUAGCUGCUGCAGUAGCAGCAGCAGCCCAUUCCUUCUGCCCAGCCCGCCCGCCGCCCACCCCUCCAACAGCAACAACAACAGCAACAGCAUGUGCACCCCCCUCCCCCCCCGCAGCAGAGCAACACCAGCAGCAGCAGCAGCAGCAGCAGCAGCAGCAGCAGCAGCAGCAGCAGAAGAUGCGGGUGCACCUGUCGUCGGACGAGGUGAACUUGCUGCUGCACCGGUACCUGCUGGAGAACGGGUACGUGCACUCGGCCUUUGCCUUUCAGUGGGAAGCAGCAAUUCAGAAAAACCCUUUUUGGAUUUCUCACCAAGAAAAGCUGCCGCCAAACGCUUUAAUUAGUUUGCUGCAGAAGGCGCUGCUGUUUGUUUACUUGGAGUUCCACACUGCAGCAACGGGCGAGAAGAUUUGCUGCGACGAGCCCUUCAGCCUCUUCCGCAGACACGAGUGCUGGUACCGCGCCGACAGCCAGGACAGCAGCAGCAGCAGCAGCAGCAGCAGCAGCAGCAGCAGCAGCAGCAGCAGCAGCGGGGGUGGGGGUGGGGGUGG